GCAACAGUUGGCUUCACAGAUCAGAGCUCAUCCCAGUCGAAAUCGCCUCAUCUUACCUACCCAUGACCAAGAGAUCGAAAUGGCUACCCAUUGAAGAGGACGAACUACUCCACUCCCCUUUUUCCUGCCCAGCGAUAACUAUACCAAUCUUCAAUUUCCACUUCCAAGCCGUAUCCGUGCAAUAACUGCUCAAUCAUGGUGCGGUGGGGAAGUCUGUUGGGUGCUGACCAUCGUCAUCGAGCCCAUCGGGAGCUCUAUGAAGGACGCAGAUUACUCCCUGUGCGACGCAAUGAAGCCAUACCACCGGCAUUGCCAGCGAAGGAGGUCACCAAAGUAGCCCUCCGCUUGAAGUACCAGAUCGAGCAGGUUAUCCCCUGCGAACUCGACGAAGAUUCUGUAACCAAGGCCAAUAGCAACAUUCUCACCAAGGCCGUCAUCCAGACCACACGCGAAGCGGGUGGGGAGGAGAACAAGGCUUGUGUAGUGUACUGCCUGCUUGUCUGUUUGCGAUGGUUCAAGCUGCAAGCGCUGGCUGAGUUGUGGGAUUCAGAUCUCCAUGAGCUGAGGGCCGUCGCAUGUGAGGUCCUGGCGAAGAGGAUAAUCGAAGCUGAAGAAAACAACGAAUACCUCAUGAACGACGUGCUCUUGAAACGCUAUUCGAUGUGCAUCGAUGGAGAAAAUACUCCUCCCGUCAAUGCUGUCGAACGGGCGGUUGAUCUGCAUGCGUUACGAGUAAUUGGAUCUUCCGGCUACCAGAAAUGUAUCAAGUACCUUUGGCACGGCUGGCUGUGCCAGGACGACAAAGACCCCUCCACCUUCAUUGAAUACCCUGAAAGAGUCAAUACGAAAUACUGGUCACACGUCAAUCCUGAUAGACUGAGAGCUCCAAUAUACCAGAAUACGGUGCAAAUAUUCUUCUCUCUGUUGUACUUGGUCCUGUACACCAUCGUGAUAAACACGAUCAACCCAUCAGGUGAUCUUGAUAUCGUGGAAGGAAUCCUCUACAUCAUGACACUGGGCUUCGUAUGCGAUGAAUUUGCCAAGUUUUGGAAAGUGGGCCGCUUCUACUUUGGUUUUUGGAAUGCUUUCAAUUCCACCUUGUACAUUCUGCUUGUCAUCUCAUUCAUCCUACGUAUUGUCGCUCUCACGCGCUCGCCGGAUAGCGGUGAUGCUGAGCGGAUCAGGUUUAAUGCCCUCAGCUACAACUUCCUUGCAUUUUCUGCUCCAAUGUUCUGGGGCCGGAUACUGCUCUACUUGGACACAUUCCGCUUUUUCGGCGCCAUGCUUGUGGUCUUGAAGGUCAUGAUGAAGGAAAGUUUGAUAUUCUUUGCGUUAUUGGGAGUUGUCAUCAUUGGAUUCCUGCAAGGGUUCAUGGGGAUGGACCAAGCCGAUCCCAAGAACGCCAUGACAGCUUCGAAUAUUCUUCAGGGGAUGGCAAACAGUGUUAUGCAGAGUCCGGAUUUCGGUGUCUUCCAGGAAUUCGCUGCACCCUUUGGCAUUUUGCUGUAUUACUUCUUCACCUUCGUGGUGAUGGUCACCUUAAACUUGAUCGAAAUCUUCUUCCUCAUCAUUCCCUUCGAGUGGUGGCUCCCCUCAGCCCGCUACGAGCGCCUCAACCACUACGUAAUGGGCAUAAUCUACUCUCCUUUGCUCUUGGUCACGGCUCUGAUCGAGACACUAAAUGCCCGGCGUAUCCGCCUCAACCGCCGGCUGGGCGAAGAAGAUGACGACAUACUCCAGGAAUGGGAGGAAGCGGCACAAGAUUUGCAGGUCGAUUUUCAGGCGGAGAAUUGGGAUCUGAAGGUUGCGGAGACGAAGCCGAAUGUUGAGCUUGACCCGUGUGUGUUGGAGAUUAGGGAGUUGAAAGGGCAGGUUGCGGAGUUGAUGGGGUCGGUUAAGAGGUUGAAAGAGCAGGUGGAAGGCGUCAGGAGGGGUAGUGAUGGUGGGACGUUCGUUAACGGGGUCGAUGAGGUGGGUGUGACGGAGGUGAGUAGCAGGGAUGGGAAUGGAGAAGAUACAGGACCGGUUAAUGGGGAGGAAGGUGGGCUCACGGCAGCGACGGAAGCUGGAGGGGAUGCAACAGGAGAACCACGAGAAUGA